AUGAACGAUUUGAUUUGGAAAGGAACACAAACAACACCUAGGGAGGUGUUUCUUAGGGUGGAGGAGUGGCUUGCGUCCUACCAUCAAUGCCAUAAAGUACGUAAGGAGCCUCGGACUAAUAGCUUGCAAAGUUGGAAUGCUCCACCUCCAACUUGGGUGAAAUGCAACUUUGAUGGUGCAUGGGUGAAGAGUGCACAGAAAGGUAGAGUAGGGGUCGUCUUUAGGAAUCAAGAGGGUGAGUUUAUGGCUGGACUCUCGGUCCAAAUUGCACAUGUUGCCUCUCCGUUACAGGUGGAGUUGUUGGUGGCUAGAAGGGCUCUAUUAUUUGCCAAUGAGUUGAUCUUAGAUGGGGGGCUUGUGUGUUUUGAAGAAGAUUCUGCUAUUGUUCUCGCUGCCAUAAAGAGACAAGAAGAGGAUGUGUCCACUAUGGGACCAAUUAUCAAUGACAUUAGGCGGUUGUUACUUUCAUUUCCCAAGGUGAGAGCUUUCCAUGUUCAACGGGAAGCCAAUUAG